AUGAGUGCUAAUCAGUUGAAGUUAGUCUUACUUGGGACUCUUGCACUCUUCUCUUCACCCAUCGCUGCCUAUCCAGCGCCCGAGACGGCACCAGCACCGGCACUGCCAGGAGUCCCUUCAGCAUCCACAGCCCAAAACGAGCUGGCACAACUAAUUUUGGCUCCACAAGGGCCCCAAGAGGGGUAUUCCCGAGCCAAAUUCCCUCACUGGAUCACACAGCGCGGAAUAUGUGACACGCGCGAAGUGGCCCUCAAACGAGACGGGACAAACGUAGCCCAGAGUCCCAGCUGCGCCCCGAUCAGUGGGAGCUGGUAUUCGCCGUAUGACGGUAGGACGUGGGAUCGUGCGAGUGACAUCGAUAUCGACUACGUAGUGCCCUUGUCCAACGCCUGGAAGUCGGGUGCAUCCGAGUGGACCACCGACAGGCGACGAGCGUUUGCCAACGACGUUACCCAUCCGCAGCUUCUGGCGGUUACGGAUUUUGUUAACCAAGUAAAGGGAGAUAAGGGGCCGGAGGAUUGGUAG